AGCUGCCUCCGCCCCCGCUUUUCUGAGACGGAAAAAGGCAUAUUAAAAGCUGGACCCGAUGCCCGGAGCGCAGCCCCGCUAAGCAGCUGGUGGGAUUAUUCCAGGGUAGUUAUGGAAAGCUACAACCCGACAGCGGAGCGUUAAAGCGACUGUCCCCGCUGGAAGAGGAACCGGCUGCGGGUACCGCUGGUGUCGCACCUGCAUCGUGGCCGAGGGGAGGUCACUCAGGUCCUUCUUCUCCUCUCGCCCUUCUUUCUCCUUCCAGGGAACAACAGAAGAAAGAAAUGGUACUUGGCUCUUGCUAUUGUUGGGAAUACCGUGCCUUUUGCCUGGGAUGAUUUGCCCUGAUGUGCUGCUUUGACGGGAUGUACAAAGUGCCACUGGGACAGAUGCGGCCAACAGAGUUUGCAGGGUGAUCAGCAGGGGCCGUGGGAUGGAGGCAACUGAGCGCUCGCCGGCUGGGUCCGUCACACACGGUCCGACAGCACAGACCUCCUGCUCCCUUGAAAACUGACUCCUGAUGGUCGAACUCUGCCAGCUCCUGUUUUUACUUCUCCCCGGCCAAUUUGCACUUUCAGGGAAAAAAGAAACCACACACUCACCUGAUGCAAUGCAGUGUUUCUGUGUUGAUUUUGUAUAUAAGAUUUGCUAUGCAAUUCCAAAACUAAAAGAGGAGAGACAGCUCUGCACCCCAGAGAAAACAGAGAAUCAGAGGUGAAAGGAGAAACUAUGACUUGGAACGACACCACUAUGGAUGGGGAAGGGUUGCUGGUGGAAAGGGACUCUUCCUUUCGGAUCCUCACGGGCUGCUUCCUCUCGCUGCUGAUCCUCUCCACGCUGCUGGGAAACACGCUGGUCUGUGCAGCUGUCAUUAGGUUUCGCCACCUCAGGUCCAAGGUGACCAACUUCUUUGUCAUCUCCUUGGCUGUGUCCGAUCUCUUAGUGGCAGUUCUGGUCAUGCCGUGGAAAGCUGUGGCUGAGAUUGCUGGUUUCUGGCCUUUUGGUUCAUUUUGCAACAUCUGGGUGGCCUUUGAUAUUAUGUGCUCAACAGCAUCCAUCCUAAAUCUCUGUGUCAUUAGUGUGGACAGAUACUGGGCCAUCUCCAGCCCAUUUAGGUAUGAGCGGAAAAUGACCCCCAAGGCAGCCUUCAUCAUGAUCAGCGUAGCGUGGACUUUGUCUGUUUUGAUUUCCUUCAUCCCUGUGCAGCUGAACUGGCACAAGGCUACAACCACAAGCUUUUUGGACCUAAAUGCCACCUUACAAGGCAUAAGCAUGGACAACUGUGAUUCUAGCCUGAACAGGAUGUAUGCCAUCUCCUCUUCUCUAAUUAGCUUCUAUAUACCCGUGGCCAUCAUGAUAGUAACUUAUACAAGGAUAUACCGGAUUGCUCAGAAGCAAAUACGCCGCAUCUCAGCCUUGGAGAGAGCAGCAGUGCACGCCAAGAACUGCCAGAACACGACCGGCAACAGAAGCAGUAUGGACUGCCAGCAACCAGAGAGCAACUUCAAAAUGUCCUUCAAGAGGGAAACGAAGGUCUUAAAGACUUUGUCAGUGAUCAUGGGGGUGUUUGUGUGCUGCUGGUUGCCGUUUUUUGUAUUGAACUGCAUGAUUCCCUUUUGUGAGCCCACCCAACCAUCCAAGGGAGCAGAAGCUUUCUGCAUUAAUUCCACGACCUUCGACGUUUUUAUUUGGUUUGGAUGGGCCAAUUCUUCCCUCAAUCCCAUAAUUUAUGCCUUCAAUGCUGAUUUCCGCAAGGCGUUUUCAACCCUGCUAGGAUGCUACAGGCUCUGCCCUUUGUCCAGCAAUGCUAUAGAGACUGUUAGUAUCAACAAUAACGGAGCUGUUGUUUUUUCAAGUCAACAUGAGCCCAAAGGCUCCAGCCCCAAAGAGUCUAAUCUGGUUUAUCUGAUUCCACAUGCAAUUAUGUGUCCGGAAGAAGAACCUCUUAAAAAGGAAGAAGAGGGUGAACUAUCUAAAACCUUGGAGAAAAUGUCUCCAGCACUGUCGAGUAUCUUGGAUUAUGAAGCUGAUGUUUCUUUGGAAAAGAUCAAUCCCAUUACACAAAAUGGGCAGCAUAAAACCUGAACAGUAAGGUUUACCCAGCAAGACCUAAUAGUGUUUAUUGUAAUAAUCCAAAAAAAAAAAAAAGAUAUACAAGAUUUUUUGGUAAGAAACUAAGCUCUAGGGAGAAAUACACAUUUACACUAAGCCCAGAAUUAAUUUUCCUGGCAUUCAAAGUAAAUUUAACAUUUAAAACAAUAAACAGGAAGAGAUACUG